AUGAAAUCCCCUCUUCAGGAGGAAGAGGGCCCAACCCCUGCGAAGCUCUGCGCCUUAUAUGAUGCCGGUGGUGGGGUGCGCUUUUCUGACUCGUUUGCGAUUUACUCGAUCGUCGCGUUCCCUCCCGAGUGGGCUACUAUCAAGCUCGAUCCGAUCAUAAUCGAUCAGCUCGAGAGAGCUGCUUCCCUUGUCGCAACCAAAAUUCCUAUCCUGUCCAAACUGCCCGAGCCUCCGCUUCCCGACCUCGUUUCGUUACCAUGCCCGCCUCGGACACUUUCCCAAAGCGACAGCCGUACAAGCCCAUGUGACCAGCUGCCCUGGUUCUUGAUUCAUGCUGCAACAUACCCUAAACACUGUGUGUUUGGUCGGAGCGAUUCCUUGGCGUCGCUUCUCGUCGUUCUCCAGCGCCCGUGGUGCAUUCUCGAGCUGUGCUGCUGUGACGCCUCAACAAUAGCCGCACUUCAUGAUUUUGCAAUCCUGGCCUUGGAGAUCGAUGGGCCAACCUAUAGCCCUGCUGUCACGUUACUGGCACACGAGUUGUCACACAGGAAAGACGGCCACUCCAAAAGCUCACCAGUAAAGAGUCUCGCAAGUACAACGCAGAAUGAUCCCGAAGGCCACGAUGCGUUUGCCAUGUAUAGGGAACUUUCUCGAAGUUGUCUUCGAUCACAUAACUCUUUUUGGAUAGGAUUGAUUACUGCUUGUGCAGUCUACCUGGGCGUAGCAUUCUCGGAUUUGACAAAGAUGCUGGGCGAUCUGGUCGACAGUCGUCAACACAUGUGCCCAGCAAACUUCAACACUCUCAAGAUGAGAUCUAGAAGUCUGUCCUCGCAAUAUAUCGCCCCCAUUUGCCGAUCGAGCCAGCCAUGGCAGCGGUCCAAAAAGCUUGCACUGCUUAGAAGGCAUAGCAUUGAUGUCAUCUCACAUACCGAGGAGGACCCGCAGAUCAAUUCUCGCCUCGAUGGAACUGACAUACGAGAUCUCUUGGAUCUUUACUCUAGAAUUCUGGAAAGAUUUAGGGAGGACCUCCCCUGA